CGUGAAUGGAGGACGUGUGUCUGUGAAUACUGAGUACGACGGCAAAGUCGUUUUAAUUCGGCUACUUAAAAUUAGUGCAUUGAUUACGUUUCACAUGAUAGAAUUCACCAAAAACAAGCAAUCAAAACCCUAUAUCAAAGACAUUGUGACUUAAUAACAGUGAAAACAUCGCAAUGGGUAAAGCUAAGAAGGGAAAGAAACUGCAGAAUGCCGAGGACGGUGACAGCGACGUGGAAACCACUAACAUCGAGAGCGUGAAACCUUCGCAAACUAAAGGGAAGAAAAUUGCAGUAGAAUCUGAUGAGAGUGAAGAUGAGAAGCCUAAAGCUAAAUCAAAGCACAAGAAGUCAGUAGACGAAGAUGUUAAAGAAGUCACAAAGAAUAUUAAAAAUGUUUCGAUAUCAAAGAAGUCUCAAAAGAAGAAGGUUGAAGCCAGCAGUGAAGAUGAGUCUGAUGAUGAACCGCUACCAAAAUCAGGCAAAGGAAAGAAGGCAGCAGAUAAAAGUGCUUUUUCUUUCUUGGAAAUAGAGGAUUCAGCAGAAUCAUUACCUGAUGCUGCUAUUUCUUCUGAAGAUGAAAAACCUCAAAAGCCGCAGAAAAAAACUCAAGAAAAAAAGGAACCUGCUGGCAAGAAAGGUAAAAAAGCUAAAAGGAAGAAGGAUGAUAGUGAUGAUGAUUUAGAAAAAGUACUUGCUGAGCUAGAAAUGGAAUAUGCUGGCGUCAAAAAGGAACCUACACCACCGACUGAAGGAGAAAAACCGCCUGAGCCUGUUGAAGAUAAACCUAAAACUAAGAAAAAAGGUAAAAAAGAGGAAGACAAAGUAGAACCUGAAGAAGAAAAAGAAGGCAGUGAUAAUGAACUUGAUGUAACAAUCAAGACAGCUGCCCAGAAAAAGAAGGAAAAAAAGGAAAGGGAAAAACAGAAAAAACUAGAAGCCAAGAAAAAAGAUAAGGACCAAGAAGGCAAGAAAGAAGAACCUAAAGAGGAAGUUAAAGUUGAAAAGACGGAAGAAGUUAAGGCUGAGGAACCAGCUAAGGCACCAUCUGAGGAAAAAGAAGGUGGAGAUACCCCUGCUACUGAAGGUAAAAAAAAGAAGAAAGGUAAAGCUAAAGAAGAAAAAGAGGAAAAAGAUGAUAAAGGUAAAAAAGGUCCUGCUAAGAAAACUAUUGCUGCUAUGCAGGAAGCUCUUAAGAAAAUUAAAGAAGAGGAGGAACGUUUAAAGAAGGAAGAAGAAGAAAGGAUAAAACAGGAGGAGGAACGUGAGCGGCAAAGAUUAGAAGCUAUUAGAUUAGAAAAAGAACGUAAAGAAAGGAAAAAGCAGAAGGAAAAGGAUCGUAAAGAGCGUCUUAAAGCUGAAGGGAAGCUUCUAACACCUAAACAGAAGGCAGAGAAAGCUAGGGCUCAAGCUAUGCUGGAAUCUCUGAAAGCACAGGGUAUAGAAGUAGGCGGAUCGGAGAAGAAACCACCUAGGCCUGGCACGAGGGUCAAACCUACAAAGCUCAAGAGUCAGAUGUCGCAGGAUACUCCGUCAACGCCACAGGAGGAGAAGAAAGUCGAAUUGGAGAUUGUAGAUAAAAAGGAGGAACCUAAAAAGCAGGAAAAGAAAGAAGAAGAAGAAGGCAUCAAAGACUCCUGGGAUGCAGAGUCCUCCGAAGAAGAGCCAGAGCCGGAACCGGAGCCCGAGCCCGCCAAGCCCGCGCCGCCCACUCCUGUUAAGGAAAAAACACCGGCCAAGAAGGUGGAAGAAGAAGAAAGUUCUUCCGAGGAAGAAGACAGUUCAGAUGAGGAUUCCAGCUCCGAGGAGGAUUCCGAUGAUGAAGGAAUGACUGAUGCUCAGAAAAAGAGAGAGCUUAUCUUGAGGAGAUUAGAGAAACGCAAAGAAGAAAACGAGAUGAACAAACAGAACAACCCUCUCCGCGCGGCCGUGGUCUGCGUACUCGGCCACGUCGACACCGGAAAGACGAAAAUUCUGGACAAACUUCGCCGAACCAACGUCCAAGAUGGCGAAGCUGGGGGCAUCACUCAGCAGAUCGGCGCUACCAAUGUGCCUAUUGAGAAUAUUAAGGAGCAAACGAAACAUGUUAAAGGGGUUAACGAGAUCGCCUUCAAACUUCCUGGUUUGCUGAUCAUCGACACCCCCGGCCACGAGUCCUUCAGUAAUCUGCGGAACAGAGGAUCUUCGCUCUGCGAUAUCGCCAUUCUUGUGGUAGACAUAAUGCACGGCCUAGAGCCCCAAACAAUAGAGUCCAUAAACCUACUGAAACAGAAGAAGACUCCCUUCAUAGUAGCCCUCAACAAAAUAGAUCGUCUAUACGAUUGGCAAAGUGCUCAACGCAAAGACGUUCGAGAUAUAUUGAAAAUGCAGGCUACCAACACACAGAUCGAGUUUGAGAAGCGAAGCAAGGAUGUUAUGCUGCAGUUUUCUGAACAGGGUCUAAACGCAGCGCUGUUCUACGAAAACCCCGAUCCCCGUUCAUAUGUUUCCUUGGUACCAACUUCGGCAGUUACCGGAGAAGGCAUGGGAAAUCUCUUGGCGAUGAUCGUGCAAGCAUGCGAAGGUCCCUUGCAUAAGAGAUUAGUGUUUUCACAGCAACUAUUAGCUACAGUGCUGGAGGUGAAAGCAAUCCCGGGUCUCGGAACGACGAUCGACACAAUCCUGAUCAACGGAACCCUUAGAGAAGGAGAUACUAUGGUCCUCGCGGGUACAGAUGGACCUAUUGUGACGCAGAUCCGAUCGCUACUCAUGCCGCAACCUAUGAAGGAAUUACGAGUCAAGAACGCGUACAUGGAGUACAAGGAGGUGGUGGGCGCGCAGGGAGUGAAGAUCGCCGCCAAGGAGCUGGAGAAGGCCAUCGCGGGCUUGAAUCUGCUCGUGGCGCAGAAACCUGACGAGGUCGACGUCUUGAAGGAAGAGGUGGCUCGCGAACUGAAAUCGGCGCUAUCUUCAAUAAAGCUGUCUGAGCGCGGUGUGUACGUACAAGCGUCCACACUAGGCUCGCUAGAGGCGCUCCUAGAGUUCCUGCGAACCAGCAAGAUUCCCUACUCAGCCAUCAGAAUAGGACCGGUAGUAAAGCGUGACGUCAUGAAAGCAUCCGCCAUGUUGGAACACGACUCGCAGUGGGCCACCAUUCUGGCGUUCGAUGUUAAGAUCGAACGCGACGCGCAAGAAAUGGCGGACAACCUGGGCGUGAAGAUAUUCGCCGCCGACAUCAUUUACCAUUUGUUCGACAAGUUCACCGCUUAUAGGGAAGAACUCAGACAGAAGAAGCGAGAAGAGUUCAAACAUAUAGCCGUGUUCCCCUGCAAACUACGGGUGUUGCCGCAGUUCGUGUUCAACUCGCGCGACCCCAUCGUGUGCGGAGUCAUGGUGGAGGCCGGCAUCGUCAAGGAGGGCACUCCUAUAUGCGUGCCUAGCCAAGAGUUCGUGGAGCUCGGAAUCGUGACAUCAAUAGAAAGUAACCACAAGCAAGUGGAAACGGCGAGAAAGGGCCAAGAAGUCUGCAUCAAGAUCGAACCGAUACCCGGAGAAUCGCCCAAAAUGUUCGGCCGACACUUCGACGAGACAGACAUGCUAGUCAGCAAGAUUUCUCGUGCGAGCAUCGACGCGUGCAAGGAUUACUUCCGCGACGACCUCGUCAAGACCGACUGGCAGCUAAUGGUGGAGCUCAAGAAACUCUUCCAGAUCCUCUAGACCUUCACUCUUUUCGGUAGAUCUCCACUAUCAACAACAGCUCUCGGAGUGAGAGAGGCCCAACACUAGCGUCUCGCCAGCGUUAGCGUCUAGUUAACUCCGGCUGUUGCUCGACGCAAUGUUGACGCAACUGCGCAGCGACGCCAUUUUCCAUAGCGCUGACUAGACGCCGACGCUCAAAAAACGCUGGUGUGGGGUGGCCCUAAGGCGGAACGUUGACAUUCUGUUCCAUCUAAACCGCUCACAAAAUUACUCUUUAACUGAAACGGUUAUUCUGAUAACGUUUUCACAUUAUCCACCAUCGGAUGUUGGAUACACUUCGGAUAAAAACAGCUGCUAUAAAAUGUUCUAUGACAUAAAGUUAUUUUUGCAUUGACGCUUUCUUUUGAACAACAAACAAUAAUCUUAUAUAUAUUAUUAUUAUUCAGAGCCUACUGUGUCCCACUGCAGGGCAAUGGCCUCCUUCCUUUUUCUAUUCGUCUCUGUUAAGUGCUAUAUCUGGUCAGCCUCUCAAAAAGGAGUCCCAAGUUAUCCCGCCGUCGCCGACGAGGUCUACCGGCUCCUCGGUUAGACUCGUGGAAAUUUAAUAUAUAAAAAGUAUUUUUUUUUUACUAUUUGCUUCUUUGUAGUCUUAUCUGACUGCCGAUAUCGGAUCGGACUAAGUGAAAACGCUCUUAUAUGCGUGCAAAACUACCUGAUUACCAUUGGACACACGAAAAUAAAAUCAAUACUAUUGAAGUCGGAAUUGAUGUGUUUUCCUGAGUUUCGCUGGUCUAAACAGACUAAUGCGAUAAUGGCUUAACCCUUGGGACGCCUAGUGCCUGAUCCGGACCAGUCCUGUCAAUUGCCAGAGGGUCUUCAAUUUUUGUACCCGUCUACAGCCUAGUCCCUGUUAACUAAUGAAAUCAGGAAAAUUUUGUCCGCAGUAAACAAUCACAGGUUUAAUUGUUUUAGUUAUAUAAGUUCACCGAAUCCAAUGUAUCAUAGAAUCUCAACCUACGUACAUAGUCACCCAUCCCCAACUAUAGCGAUUUAAAACUAUACAAAACAUUCUUUAUCCCAGAACUUUCUUCAUAUUUUCUUUAUUAAAAUGAUUAACACUUUAUUCUGGACAAUUAAAAAUAUAUAUCCCACAUUUUUCUGUAUAUUUUUUUCCGAUAUGUCACGCAUAUUCAAGUAAAGUUCUACGUGACGUACCGGAAAGGACGAUUUGGGACAAUCUAUUGUCAAGAUGCAAAGCGUUAAUAAUUAUAUGUACGAAAAAUUAAAAAAAAAGUUCUGAAAUAUUAUGUUUUUGUAAAAAAAGUUUGAAAUAGCUCAUUUACGUAAUACGUAGACUUCUCGUACAAAAUAAUAACAUGUACACCGUUUUAUAAUUUAUUUACUGCCAUUUAAAAGCCAUUUAACAUUAACAACAUUCAAACAUCUUGUUAUAAGUGGUUAUUGUAAAUAUAAAUGAGACAUUUAUGAUACAUACAUCAUAUUUUAUUUAUUAGCCGCGUUUUCAACCUUUGGUAUCUUUAUUUCUGAACGUGAAUACGUUUUGACUCGGAAACUUUAAUUUAUUUUUUGUAUUUUAGCAAUAUAGUCCGUUGCAGUGAUUUGUCUGGUUAUUUUCAUUUUAAGUUGUAGGUGCCUACUAACCGUAGCUCAAUGGCCAUCGGUAGAUGUAUUCGGGUAAGUUCCAAUGGAAAAAAAACAUUAAAUAAAGUGGCGGAAAAUUCCGAAAAUGGACUCUUAUUACACCGAAAUAUGAAUGAGUCUUAAAUUAUAUUCGGGCUUAUAUAGUGCACUGCAAUUAUAAUUUGUUUGAAAACCACAAUACACCAUUUAAAGUGGCCCCAUUUUACAUGAAAAUGCCCUCCUAAUUUUCAUUUACCUGUGUCAUCUUGUUGCAUGUGUGGUUUUAUAUAAUCCCCUGUAUAUAUCCAAUAUAAAUGUUACAAUAAAUAAAUAAAGCGAUCUUAUGAAGUGUCUGAUCUUAAUUUAUUUGGAGUAAUAGUGCAAUAUGCGAUCUCGUGAAAUUGCCUUUGUUUGGCAAUAUCUUUUCUGGGCUAUCUUAUUUAAAGUUCUCCUACACUUUUUUUCAAUUUUGAAAUUUUUGUGUUAUUCAUAUUCAGAAUCACGAGCUCUUUCGAUACUAAUAGGAGAAAAAAGUGUCCUAAUAUUUCCAUACAUUUUUCGAUCCUUCCAUUCUGUUACAUUACAUCAUACAAAGUUGAAUAUGAGAAAUAGUAACGGUGUGGAAGUAAAGCUCGUGAUCCUGAAAAGUAAUAACGUAAAAAUUACAAUACUAAAACAUUAUCAUUUAUUCAUUUGCAAGAACACACACAAAACAAAACAAGUACACAAAACAAGUUCUACAACAAAGAAAAAGUGUAGUGUACGUAUAACUUUAAAUAAAAUGGCCCUUCUGUGGUGCCUCUGAUUCUGACGUAGUGCCAGUUUUAUAAAUCGAUGUCUAUUAAUAAAGAUAAACCUAUGAUUAAGUAGAUGAGGGGUGGAGCGUUUUCCAAAAUAAUACUGAAAAACCUGUUUCUUACAAAUCUUCACUAAGAAUCAUCAACAUUCUCUAUUAAAAAAAGAUGUUCCAAAACGUCCGUUCCAUUACGUCACGUUUUAGUAUGAAAUCUUUUUUCACUAGUAUAUGCGUGACGUAGUGGAAACUAAAAUUUCCUUACAAAUUUUCGGAACAUUGUUUGCAUCAAGAUUGAAUAUGCUAGUGAUUGAGUUGGAAAAAUCCAAAAAGAUCAGGAUCUGUGAGAAAGAGGUUUUCAAUAUUUUUUUUUGCAAAACGCACAGUUGGUAAAGAAACGAGUUUUAAGUCUAUUUGAAAAACUUGAUUUAAUUUUACGAUAAUAUGACUUUCCGAGUUGGUGGACUCGUGUGUCCUUUGCAAGGUAUCUUCCUGACCUAGAGUUAAAUACUUUAAAGUGUGUGAGUUAAAAGGCGUUAGUUAAAAAUAUAUCUUACACGAAUGUUAUCCAACAUUUAAAUAAAUUCUUUAAAGAUAUACGAAAUUGUGUUUUAACUAGAAGUUAGACUUUAAAUGACUAUACACGGUGUUUUUUUAGUCCGAAAUUCAAGGAUGCAUUCCUGAGCCUAAAUUAAGUAACUUUCUCAAAGAAACCGGUAUUCUAAUUAACUCCAUUUUGAAGAUAAUCAAUGAUUUAUCUUUAUCCGAUACGGCCCAUAUGAUUAAAUUUUACAAAAAAUAACAAAUAAACUAUAAAUCGAGUUUUAAAAACUAAAAACUUGAGUCUUUGCCAACUCCAGGGGAGCACUGUCAAUGAAAUGUAUGGGAUGUAGAGAUCGCCUAUUGCGGUAGAGUUUGAGCUAACUUCGCUCCGACUAUGAAGUGACGGUGCGAAAGUGCCACUAUAAAUGUCACUUCAGUUCUUUAAAACCGGCCAAGAGCAUGUCGGGCCAUGCUCAGAGUAGGGUUCCGUAGUUACUCUUCCGUCACAAUGAGCUAAACUGGAGCUUAAAGUAUGGUAGAUUGUUAACCAAGGGAUGAACUGUGGGUGUACGUCUUUUUACUAUGACGGGGAAUUUUUUUUGCGAUAACUCAAAAACAGCUAAACUGAUCAUAUCCGCUAUAGUUUUCAUUUAAUGUCUUUCUUAAGCUCUACUUCCAAAAUUUUUUUCAUAUUUUUUGAACCUAUGGUUCAAAAGUUAGAGGGGGGGGACACAUUUUUUUUCUUUCGGAGCAAUUAUCUCCGAAUAUAUUCACUUUAUCAAGAAAUGUUUGUUGAAGACCCCUAUUAGUUUUGAAAGACCUUUCCAACGAUAUCCUACAAUGUAGGGCUGAAGCAAAAAAAAAUAUUCACCCCCACUUUACGUGUAGGGGAGGUACCCUAAAAAAAUGAAAUUUUUAGAUUUUAUUGUACUACUUUGUCGGCUUUAUUGAUUUAUAUAUCCAUGCCAAACUUCAGCUUUCUAGCACUAACGACCACGAAGCAAAGCCUCGGACAGACAGACAGACAGACGGACAUGGCGAAACUACAAGGGUUCCUAGUUGACUACGGAACCCUAAAAAAAAACACUUCUGUUAAAUGUAUGAUAAUUUUGCCAAUGUCAGUAUGCCCGUAGAGCAAGACGAUCGGUAGAUAGAGGUAAGGAAUACAAUCUCCAUAGGCAGAACUGUUGCAAAAGUGUCCAGCUGUCAGCUAUAAAUAAUAGUUCCAAAUCUCUCCAGAGUAGCGCUAGAGUAGCUAAGAACCUAGGCGUUAUUGACGGAGUGAAGUGCGCUGUCUAUGAUUUAAUUUUUGUAAGUAUUCUAGGUAUUGUAGCGCCACCUAUUUAAGGUUUUUUGACGGACACUUUUUGGUAUAUGUAGAUUCUAUUCCUUACCUCUACCUUCCAUAGUUCGGUAGUUGCUUUUAGUAGUGAUAGCUGAACUUUAUUAACAGCCUAGAUAGAUUGCCGGGUGUUGAUUAGAAUGGUUAAACGCGUGUCAAGAUAAUUUAUAAUUAGAGGCACACUUCCAAGUUAGUUCACUGCAUCAAUAUUACACUUUAAUCUUUUUGACGCCAGUGACGGAUAUAUCCGCACUGUAGGUCCAACGCCGAAGACGGAUUAAUCCGUCACAGACCACAAAGCAACAUAAACCUUACAUGUCGGUAGCGUCCGAGUGAUUUUUUUUAGAUUUUUUGUUUGACACAUUUGAAAAUGUAAAUUAAUAUUAAUGAGCAAAGAACAAAAAAAAAUUCUCAAGACGACUUCGCCAUUUUGUAGUUGAAACGUAAUAUUUUCGUAAGAGUUGACGUUUAAGAUGGCACCUUCUUACGUAGUCACUUCAAAGUAUGACCCCACACUAGCGUCGCGAGCGUCGGCGUGUAGUCAACUCUAUGGCUGCUACUCGACGCAACGUUGGCGCAACUGCGCAGCGACGCCAUUUUCCAUAGCGGUGACUAGACGCCGACGCUCAAAAGACGCUAGUGUAGCCCUAUGAGCUAGUUUAGGCUUAGAACGCACUGCGAUUAAUUUCUUGCGGUUUCUGAACCGCAAAAACUGUAACGUACGGCAUGCUUCAUAAGCGCUCGCAUUUGCAAGACUGAAACCACAGAAAAUUAGACUGAAACCGCAAGAAAUUAAUCGCAGUGUGUUCUUAGCCUUAGUCCCACUAGUUAUCUCUCUAGGAACAAGGAAAAAAAUGGAACAGAGGUUGUAUUAAACAUGUAGGCAUUUCCCUUUUUAAAAUGCUUUGUAUUAUAUAGAUGGAAUCGGACAUAUUCUUAUAUUGAUGAAAUUAUAUUAAAUUAUGAAAAAUA